CUUAUUCGUAUCUGCAAAUAUUGAGAUCAUAACGUUUUUAAAGCGACGCACUUGCAGAUCAGCUUCUUAUGACGCCUCAGUUCGCUCCUGUCCACGUACAUACAGGUACAGCCCACCCCCUUCCUCCCCCAGCAUGGCCAAGCCAUUCGCUACCUUCUUCUUCUUCGCCACCAUCAUCUCCGCCUCCUACAAUAUCUCCUCCAAAUAUCCCAUCACAUCUCCAAUGCUCUCAAGAAUCGCCGAUGCAUCACCCCCGCCGCCCUCAAAAAUCGAAUUCAGAUCACCACUUAUAGAAAAAACUACGGCCCAACUAUCAACACCUUCACUCCGGCCGGUAGGAUAUUAUAAAAACCAGCCACCGCAGCGCCCUAGUGUACAGCCAGCUACUAGACAAAACUCUGCUGAGACAUCCCUCGAUACGGAGAAGAUCAAACUCAUCUACCUCGUCGUUGUGGCGAUUCGCGAACUAAGAUGGCUUUCUGGGUGAUGAUGAUGAGUGGUGUGUGGUGAGAAACAGCAGCUGGAGCAGUUGUGACAGUGGGGAUAUGGCGACAGCAAGAAUACAACGACAGCAAAAUAUAUCGACAGCAACAAUAUAUCUACAGCAAGAACACACCCACCCGACAGCAGGAUCAUCUCAUAACUCCCCACUCCCCCACGCCCACUCCCACAACUGCCAAAUCGCACAAACUCCGUUC